AUCUGGAAGGCUACAUUGGGGUGGCUCCCAAUAGUAGGUCUUUAACUUACAAUUCGCAGUCUUGAUAGGAGAUAGGCCGAGCAAAGACUGGAAGAUAGAGAGAAAAGGAUAUCAAAAACAACCCAAGUACAGAAAUCAAGCAGAGAAGCCGAGUGAAGCAGUACAGUGAGAGCUCCAGAAAAAGUCAAGUAAAGGGCCGAAGAAAGAUUUCACCGGAGAUAUGAAAAGGAUCAGAUGUCCUGGUCUAGGAGCGAUAUACUCGAGAGGUCAAGAAAGAUGUCAACGGGGAAGCCAAAAGAAAAGUCAACAUAAAGAGGUCAAAGAAGAAGCCAACAAAGAGGUCAAAAAAGAAUUAAAGAAAAGAGGUCAACAUAAAGAUUUCAAAAAAGAAGUCAGCAAAGAGGUCAAAGAGGAAGUCAACAAAGUCAACAAAGAAUUGAAAAAAGAGUUCAAAGAAGAAGUCAGCAAAGAAGUCAAAGAGGAAGUCAACGAAGUCAACAAAGAAUUGAAAAAUGAGGUCAAAGAAGAAGCCAACAAAGAAGCCGACAAAGAGGUCAACAAAGAGGUCAACGAAGAAGCCAACAAAGAAGCCGACAAAGACGUCAACAAAGAGGUCAACGAAGAAGUCAACGAAAGUCAACAGAGAGGUCAACAAAGAGGCCAACAGAGAAUUGAAAAAUAG